AUGUCUGGAGAAUCAAGCUCUGGUUCUACGGAUCACUGCAUCAAAGUUGUGCCGACACACGGAGGACGCUAUAUUCAAUACAACGUUUACGGACAGCUCUUUGAAGUUUCCAGAAAGUAUGUCCCUCCUAUCCGUCCCAUUGGCAGAGGCGCUUGCGGUAUCGUCUGUGCUGCUGUGAACUCAGUGACUGGAGAGAAAGUGGCAAUCAAGAAGAUCGGUAAUGCUUUCGAUAACAUUAUCGAUGCUAAGAGAGCUCUGCGCGAGAUUAAGCUUCUCAGGCACAUGGAUCAUGAGAACGUAAUAACCAUCAAAGAUAUUGUAAGACCACCGCAACGAGACAUCUUCAACGAUGUCUACAUUGUGUAUGAGUUAAUGGACACUGAUCUUCAGAGAAUCCUCCGUUCCAACCAAACCUUAAGCCAUGAUCAAUGCCGUUUCUUUGUGUACCAGCUCUUAAGAGGGCUAAAGUACGUGCACUCGGCCAACAUAUUACAUCGUGAUCUAAGGCCAAGCAACGUGCUGCUUAACUCAAAACACGAGCUAAAGAUCGGUGACUUCGGACUGGCGAGAACAACUUCAGACACAGACUUCAUGACUGAAUACGUCGUCACUCGUUGGUACAGAGCUCCUGAGUUGCUUCUUAACUGCUCAGAGUACACAGCAGCUAUUGAUAUUUGGUCUGUUGGUUGCAUACUCGGCGAAAUCAUGACCGGACAACCUCUGUUCCCUGGGAAAGACUAUGUUCAUCAGCUUAGGCUUAUCACAGAGCUUGUAGGCUCUCCGGACAACUCCAGUCUCGGUUUCCUUCGCAGUGACAACGCAAGAAGAUACGUGAGGCAACUUCCUCGAUACCCGAAACAACAGUUUGCUGCUAGAUUCCCGAAUAUGCCCCCUACUGCUAUAGACUUGCUUGAGAGAAUGCUCAUCUUUGAUCCAAACCGUCGCAUCUCAGUGGAUGAAGCUCUUGGUCACGCUUACUUAUCACCACACCACGAUGUGAGCAAAGAGCCGGUGUGUUCGACUCCUUUCAGCUUCGAUUUCGAGCAUCCUUCUUGCACUGAAGAACACAUUAAGGAGCUUAUCUACAAGGAGUCUGUCAAAUUCAAUCCUGACCAUUGA